AUGCAAGUUGAUGCUGCACUCUUAGGCAGCAACUUCGGCGACAUGACAGCUGCAACUGAUGGAAGUGGCGAAACUACAUCGUCUGCAACUACAACACAAGCAAUUCAAACAACAAUCACAUUUACCGAGCCUCCAUCUGCUCAAACAUCCGUCCCCACUGGAACUGAGACGACAACAACUGCAGCCACCGGUACAGAAACAACAACAUCGGCGACCACUGGAACUGAAACUACUACAACAGCAGCCACCGGUACAGGAACAGCAACAUCGGCGACCACUGGAACUGAUACUACGACAACAGCAGCCACCGGUACAGGAACAACAACAUCGUUGAUCACUGGAACGGAAACUGCGACAACAGCAGCCACCGGUACAGAAACAACAACAUCGGUAACGACGGGAACGGAAACUCUGACAACACGAGCCGCUGGUACGGAAACUAGUAUAACUGGUACCACUGGAAGAAGCAGAACGUCAACAAUGACGAGUGAAAGUCAAGCAACGGUGACUGGCGCCAUUGGAACAAGCAUAACACCAGCAGGGACUACAGGAACCGAAGCUACGACAGGAUCUAGGACGUUGACAAGUACUUCGGUGACGAUGCCGGUUGUUUCCACUUCGACGUUGACAAGCACGGUAGCCCUCACGACAACAUUUACUACAGGUCCAACGACUACUACGAAUUCAAUAGUGUGUACGUCGAGUGAAAAAACUGUAUCUGGCUGUGUGUUGCUAGUGAACUCAUCAAGUUUUUGCAAUGCUUCUACUCGUGGGGUGGAAAGUAUCGAGAAAACAAUAACAUGCAGUAAUGGUAGUCGCACGGUCGAAGUUGCUGUGAGUGCUUGUAUUCCGAUCUGUCCAGUGACUGAAGUUGCUUUCAAUUCAACACCAACAUUAGUAAAUCUCAAUAUGCGGGUGACACCAAUAGCUCUCCCUUUCCCAUACCAAUAUACAAAUGAGAAUAAUGUUCACAAGGUUCUCUUUGUUACGGAUAAAGGCUACAUUACACUGGACAAACCACUUUACGCUGUUGAACCAUCGGAAAAUGGACUCCCGGACGUGCCGUAUAUUGCACCGUUUUGGACAAAUCUACUAUACGUGAAUCAAACCAUUAUUCAACCAACAAUAUAUACUGGUUUGUCUAAUGGUACAUCGGAAUGGAAGGCAGUUGUGGAUACGGUGAACAUUCUGCAGAAUACAUUGAUUAACGAAGAGGUUGCAGUUUAUCGUGUUGUUAAAAUAAGAUGGCAAAAUUUGAUCACAAAUAUGGAUAGUACCACUUCUGGUAGUGGAUCAUCGGAUUUCAAAAACAUAAUGUUCGAUGCAUAUUUGAUCAAUGGACCUGGAAGCGGUUUUAAUGUAUGGAAUUCUUACCUCCGUUUUGAAUAUUACAUCAAUACAACCAUUGUAACUCCAAACUAUCAGCCAGUAGUUAUCGGUUAUCAUACUGAAAAUGCUACGUCACAUAAAUCUAGUGUUUCAUUCACGAAUAAAAUUACUGAUUUCAUUUCAAGUACUCGUAUGUUACGAAAUUAUUUUCUAAGUUCAAAAAUACUUAGCACCUGUGAAAUAUGGUAUUGGCAACAGCACACAGAUAUCUUAUUCAAACGAUCCGAUAAUCUCACAGCUGUUAAACGAAAUCCAUGCCCCUGCUCAUAUCAACAAGCGCUAUCAGACUUUAGAUUUUAUCAACUAAAUAGUGAAAAUCGUUACGAACAAAGUAAUCGAAUUUCGUGUUUUUUUCCAGCAAGUAGUUUUGUACAACAAGCGUCAAGUGCUAAAUCUUAUCAACAAUCAUGUUGUUAUGAUACCAGCGUAGGAUCGUUAAUUACAUCUGGCCAGUUUGCUGGAUCUGUUCUUGAUGCUGCUGCUAUAGAAUCAUUACGUUAUAGUUCAGGCCAACCACAACGUAUUAAAGAACGAGAUGAGUGUUGCAUAGUAAGUAAUGGUACUGUUGACUGGUCAACAUGGUGCAAUUUAUAUUAUGAACUUCGACCGCCUAGCACAUGCGAUGGAUAUCAACCGCCAUCACAAGCUUGGUUUGGUGGUGAUCCGCAUAUACAAACAUUAAGUAAUAGUGAUGUUAGUUGUAAUGUAUUUGGCUCUUUCAUAUACGCUGAAACAACGAGUACAGCUAAUAAUUCAGCAAAUAGUAAUAGUACUAGCACUACUUCAACCAUUAUUAAACCAUUAGUAAGCAAUGAAUUAUUUUCAAUUGUGGCUCGAACUAGUAAAACUCCAGCACUUUUACAAGUGACUAAAUUUUUUAAUCAAGAUAUAACCUAUUUUUCAUCGUUUUCAAUGUAUCUUGGAUCAAAUCGUGACUUAAUAAUUGAUGUUGAUAUUGAUCCAUCAAAUAAUUAUCAAUUCAGCGUCAAUUAUUUAGUUAAAAGUGAAAAUAUUACACAAAGUCCUUUUCACUCGUCGAAUGAUUUUGUCGAAUAUUUCUAUUAUCCAACAUCAUUAAAUACGUCAUCAGAAAUUAUGUUUUCAAUCAUUCAAGAAAAUCAAUCAAUAUCAGCAAUCAAUUGGAAUACAUUUACUUCUAACAAUAAAAAUGUAUCCACACAAAUUCAAGUACCAAGAUUAACUAUAUCGACUUGGUCGGGUUUGGCUAUGCAAUGUUAUCUUAUAGAAAAUAAUAUGGCAUGUACAUUAUUGUUGCCACACAAAUACGAUGGUAAUGUUCAAGGUCUUGUUUUUGGUGGCGUCACAAGUAAUGCAAAUCAAUAUUGUUCGAAUUAUUCACUUAUACCAAAUGCAGCUGAACAACAAGCAUUACAAACCAACGAUACUCUAUCAUGGUUUAACACUGGUGCAUCUAGUUCAUAUCAGACUUAUAUCAAUACUAUAGCAUGUCCAAUGGCUAAGACACUACCAACAUACGGAUUUUGUGUGCAAGAUACAAUUCUUUCUCAAUCAUCUCUUUUAGGACAACUAACUGUGAGAAGUUCCACGGAUUACCAAGUAGCGAAUGCAUUUCUUAACACAAACCCUCCAAAGGUAUCAUUAGUAUCACCGAUAUCAAUCGAUGCGCCAUAUACUUAUUUGUUAACCAUACCAUAUACGAUGACAUUCACCAAUAAGUCAAAUGCAAAUAUUAAUGUGCAAGUUGAUGGAAAUUCAUCUAUGAUCGUUCGAAUACAAGAAACAAAUACUAGUAUCCCAUAUAAUUGUAGCUGGAAUAAUACAUUUUACUCUUGUAAUUUCUUAUAUGCCAAUGAUAAUAGCAAUCUAAUCGAAUUAACCGUGAUUGCAACGGAUAUAGUUAGCAAUUUAACUACUUAUCAAAAAAUUCAAUUAAUUGUAAAUGAAUGUGUUGACGGCCAACCAAUAUGGAAUAAUCCAACUAUGUUAUCAUCAUCGGUUUAUGUCUUAUUUUGUAUUUGUAAUGAACUUGCUGCUGGAGAUUAUUGUGAAAGAUCAGUUAGCUGUAAUGAUAUGACCGCAUGUAUAUUAAAUUUUGCUCCAAAUAUAAAUUGUAUGGCUGUUCUAAAUGCAACUCUGAUAAAUUCGACACAAACACCAUAUCAAUGUAUAAAUUCAAGAACAAAUGAGUUUUGCUCGAAUAAUUCCGAAUGUUGUAAACGAGGUUAUGCAUUUAAAACUGACGUACAACAAUGUUUAUUUCAGCCAGUUUGCAAUAGUACUCUAUGCGGGCUAAAUAAUACUUGUCAAGAUUCUGAAAUAGGAAAUAAUCUAUAUGUUUGUAUAUGUAAAGAAGGACAGAUUUUUGAUGGCACAACAUGUAUUCAAGAGAAUGUUUGUAAUAGUGGAAUUGGUAUUUUACCGUGUACCAAACCAUUUCAAGUGGCUAAUAAUGUAGGAAUUGAAUGCCAAUGUGACUGUCCAGUUGGUUUUACAAAUUCAUCAGAUGGUUGCAUACCACCAUCCACUGUCACUUGUGAUAAUGUAACUAACGUCUGUACUGACUCAUCAACACCAGGCAAUCCUUUCUGUCGAUUCCGAACAUUGACCUACAAUAAUAAUACCGGAACAUGCCGAAAUAAUUUGUGUACAGACUAUUGUCAAAAUGGUACUUGUUCGUCGGAUACAAACAGAUAUACGUGUAGUUGUCCUCCGGGCACAAGCCUUGAUUAUGCAUUGAAUUGUGCUGUUUGUGACAGUGGAUCAGCGGGUCCGAAUUGUUCAUUAGUAUGUGAUUGCGAAUUUGGUACAUGUAAUGUCAAUGCAACUGGUGCAGCUAAAGUAUGUUCUUGUGCACCAGGUUAUACAGGUCUACGAUGUGAUGCAUAUAUUAAUUAUUGUGAUCCAAUUGAUGACAAUUGUAAUGCAACUGUAACAAAUCGAGUUUGUCAACUAGCACCAACUAAUCGUGAUACAAAUAUUUCAAGUAAUGCUUACAAUUGUAUUUGCCAAACUGGAUAUGAGCCAGCAGCAGGAAGCAACAUUUGCAAAGAUAUUAAUGAAUGUUUCCUGGCAUCUAGCAGCGAAAAUAUUUGUCCAGAUUCAACAACACAAUGCGUCAAUACUGUCGGUUCAUAUAAAUGUGUUUGUGAUCCAGGUUAUACAAAAGCUAAUGCAACAAAUACUCAUGCAUGUGUUGAUAUAAAUGAAUGUACUACGAAUGCUUCUACAUGUGCAAAAUUCCCAAAUUCGUAUUGUAUUAAUCUUGUACCGUUCUAUGAAUGUCGUUGUGAUUAUGGUUAUGCACCAAGCGGUGAUUAUAAUCAAAUUUAUUCAGCUUUGCAAGGGAAUCAAGUGUGUGAAGUUUAUGAUCAAUGUGCUGCUAAUAGUAUUGAUUGUGGUGGUGGAAUGUGUUUUCAAAAUAUGCUUGCAAAUGGUUCAUUACCUACCUGUUAUUGUAACAAUUCAUUAAUACUCAUCCAAAUAUCAUCUGGAAAAUAUGAUUGUGUUUGUUCAUCUAAUACAAAUUACUUUAGUGGAGGCAUAUGUAUACCUCGACCCAAUCCAGGAAUAGGUCUCGGAGGAGGAUCAACAUUUAUUAUUAGGAUUAAUUGUGAUAAUAUAAGUAGUGUAACUGAAGAAAUAAUGCGAAGAUUUAAUGAAUCAUUCGCCUAUCCAUAUACAAUCGUAAUUAAAAAUAAUGGAUCAACGUGUGACCAAUCGGGUCUAACUGAUUUCCUAUUCGAAAUUACUACUGCGGAUAAUAUAACAGUACAAAAUACGGCUUUCCAAAUACUUGAUAAUAUAACAACAAACCUUUCAGUUGGUAUUUACAGUGUUGGUAAAUGUGCAAAUAAAACAGUACUGGUACAAAAUGUCACAGCAUGUUUUCUGUUGGACCUAUGUGAUUUAUGUGGUGGAGCUGUACAACGUGGUGCAUGUUUACCAUCACUUGGUGUGAGCAAAUGUCAAUGUUUCGCUAAUACUGCUGAUCCAUCAAGCCCAUAUACCGGUGACUUUUGUUUAGCAUCAGCAUCGCCAGAGUCACUUUCAUCAUCAAGUUGGAUACCUGUUGUUGUUGGAGUUUUAGCUGGUCUCGCCGGUAUAUUCUGUGCAAUUACCUGUUGCCUAUUGGCUCUAGCUGCUUGGCGUCGUCGACGACGACUUUCACCUAAAGAAGAUGAUUUACGAAUUCGACGUAUAUGGCAUUUACCACGAGCACAAGUACCAACGACGGUUACAGCUGAGAAUAUUCAAACAUAUUUAAAUAGUACUAGUUUAUCAAUAAAUACAACAUCAAGUAUACAAGACAAUUCAACAUUAGAUAACGAUCGUUCAACGUAUCGAACAAAUUAUGAAUAUGAUGGAAAUGCAACUGCAAAUAGUACAUUUUUUAAACAAUUAGACCAAACUAUGGGUACAAAAUUGCGCGCAACAAUCACAAGACCCGAUAUAAGUGCAGUUUUAUCAAGUUUACCUGCUAUUUCAAAAUCACAUUCUAUAUCGUCGUCAACAACAAUUCCAUCGAUUAGUGAUGAUCCUAUUGAUGAGCUUGAUGCUAUUAUUGAUGAUGAAGAUUUAACAAUGACAUUUCAUGAUCCAUUGGACGAUCUUUUUCAAGAUAAUGAAAUGCUUGAAGUUAUUAAUCCCAAUCUUGCAUUGCCACGUCCACAAAUGGAUUCACAACCAUCAGGUCUUUUUUCUUUUUUUAACUGA